UAGUAAUACACAGAGCUAUCCAGUUGCAAGAUGUCAUUUGUCGGUGGAGGAGCCGAGUGCUCGGUUAAUGGGAAUGCAGUUUCCCAGUUCAAUAAACAUACUCAACAAGAUAGAUCAUUGCAGAGGCAAACAGCCAAUCAGCCAGGUUUUUUACCAGGAAAUCAGGGGUUCAAGAAUGAAAAUAUGAUGAAUCAAAGAGAUAGACAAAAUUUGGAACAAUUUAUGAAUAACAAUGGAGCUAAUCAGUCAAGUUUCCAAUUCCAGCCAAUGAGACACGAAUUGAAUAUGAUUCAACAAAAUAACCAUCAAAUGCCGAUGAAUAAUCAGCAAAGCUCAUGGACAAACGAGUUCCAAACUCAUACUCCGUCGCCAGUUACCAAACACAGUACUCCUAACAUUGUUGGCAAAACCGCGCUGCCUAUUAACUCCCAAUGGGCUAGUGAGUUCAGUCCACAAUCAAUGGAACAAAAUCAGGCUAUGCAUAAUCCUCAAAGUUAUAAUCAGAAUCCAAGUAUGCGUAUUGGUGGUUACCGUCCAAUGAUGGGGAUGUCUAUGAUGAAUGGAGGGAUGAUGAACCAAAUGAAUCAACAACACCAACAACCCCAAGCUGAUGUACAAACUAAUCAAGAACUGCAAGUUGAUUGGGAUAAUCAAUUCAAAGAAAUUGAAGAAUUGACUAAUAAAGUUGAAGAACCCGAAGCCAAGGAAAAAGAAGAAGAACCAGAAAUUGUUAUCGAUGAUAAGUAUCAAGCUACAUUUCAGGAAGUUUGGGAUAGUUUAAAUAGUGAUGAAAUUGAAAAUGAUUUCAUCUCUCAACAAUAUGAAGAUUUUAAAGAAACUCAAAGAGAAAUGUUACCAGCAGACUUAUCACAAUGGGAAAGAGAUUUCGCUAAAUAUGCAUCAACAAGAGCUCAUUUUGGUGAAUAUCAAUUUGAAAACAAAUCAAAUAAUCAAUUUUUAGAUUUACCAAAAGAAAAUGAUCCUUAUGAAAUAGGUUUACAAUUGAUGGAAAAUGGUGCAAAAUUAUCAGAAGCUGCCUUAGCUUUUGAAGCUGCUAUACAACGUAACCAAAACCAUAUUGAUGCUUGGUUAAAAUUAGGUGAAGUUCAAACUCAAAAUGAAAAAGAAAUUGCGGGCAUUUCUGCUUUAGAAAAAUGCCUAGAAUUACAUCCAGAGAAUUCAGAAGCUUUAAUGACUCUAGCCAUCUCCUAUAUCAAUGAAGGUUAUGAUAAUGCUGCUUUUGCUACUUUAGAAAGAUGGAUUUCAACAAAAUAUCCUCAAAUUUCUGAAAGAGCUCGUCAACAAGAGUCUUCAAUUAAUGAUGAAGAUCGUUAUACCUUAAAUAAAAGAGUUACUGAUUUAUUCAUAAAAGCCGCUCAACUUUCUCCUGAUAAAGCAAAUAUGGAUCCUGAUGUUCAAAUGGGAUUAGGGGUUUUGUUUUAUGCUAAUGAAGACUUUGAUAAAACAAUCGAUUGUUUCAAAGCUGCUUUAUCAAUUAAACCAGAUGAUCCUGUUUUAUGGAACAGAUUGGGUGCUUCCCUUGCUAACUCAAGCCGUUCAGAAGAAGCAGUUAACGCUUAUUUUAAAGCUUUGGAAUUAAAACCAACUUUUGUUAGAGCAAGAUACAAUUUAGGUGUAUCUUGUAUCAAUAUUGGCUGCUACAAAGAAGCUGCUGAACAUUUAUUAAGUGGUUUGGCAAUGCACCAAGUUGAAGGUCACGAAGAGCCUACUCUCAAUAACAACCAAUCUUCUUCUUUGAUGGAAACCUUGAAAAGAGCUUUCAUCGCUUUGGAUAGAAGAGACUUGAUCGAAUUUGUCAAACCCGGAAUGGAUCUAAACCAAUUCCGUGGUGAAUUUAAUUUUUAGUUCUACUUUCUACUGAUUGUACAUAUGCUUCUUACUAAUAAACGAUAUCAACGAUUAGUCAUACUGCUAACUCGUGUAAUAUGUUAGCUCAUGAUAUUUGCAACUUAUCAUUAUCGAAUCAAUGUA